UCAAGAAAGAAGUAAUCUUUCCGCAAUGAAGACGAUCCUAUUGGUUUCUUGCCUCUUUGCGUUGGCGCUCGCCACCCCAACUCCGUUUACAACAAAAUUUAUUCCAAAAAAGUAUAAUAUGGGUGAUAAAACUUUUAUGGAACGAGAAUACCACGUUUUUCGGUUAUUAAAACACGUCAAUCAACCAAUCUACCAAAAAGAAUAUGUUGAAAUCGCCGAUACUUUCGUACCAUGGAAAAACAUGGAUAAAUUCGAGAAACCCAUGUUUGUGGAAAAAUUCCAUCAAUACUACGAAACCGAUAUCCUUCCGAGAGGCGAAAUUUUCUCAGUUUUCUACAUGGAACAUUUGAAACCAACGAUAGCCCUCUUCAAAAUGUUUUAUUACGCCAACGAUUUCGAUACGUUCUUUAAAACAGCUGUUUGGGCUCGCCAACAUGUUAACGAAGGGAUGUGGUUGUACGCUUUCUCCGUUGCUUUAGUCCACAGAGUCGAUACUUUUGGAAUUGUUCCACCUCCAAUUUACGAAAUUUACCCGUAUUACUUUUUCAACACUGAAACCAUUACGAAAGCUCAAACUAUGAAACAAAUGUUUAACGGAAAAUACCCAAAUUAUAAUAAAUACGAAGGAUUUACGAUCGAAUCUAAUUAUUCCGGUUGGUACAUGAAUUUACAUCCCGAACAAUCACUGAGUUAUUUCAUGGAAGAUAUUGGAUUGAAUUCAUUCUAUUAUUAUUAUAACAUUCAUUAUCCAUUUUGGAUGGACGGCGAAGAGUUUGGUUUAAAUAAGGAUCAUCGCGGAGCGAUGUAUUUGUGGGUGCACCAACAAUUAUUGGCUAGAUAUUAUUUGGAGCGACUUUCAAACGAAUUUGGCGAAAUUGAAAUGAUGAAUUUCGAUGAACCAAUUGAAACCGGUUAUUAUCCUUCGAUGAAAUAUCCGAAUGGAAUGGAAUUUCCAAUGAGACCCAAUCAUGUUUAUGUUGGAAAACAUUGGGAAUAUAAUCAUCCUCAUUUCAGUAACUUUACGAAUUCUUAUGUUUAUGUAAAAGAUUUUGCUAGACGUAUGAGAGAUUCGAUUGAUAUGGGUUUUGUUUUUACACGUAAUGGGACUAAAAUGUCUUUGUAUGAUAACGAUGGAUUAGAAAUUUUAGCCAAUAUGAUUCAAGGAACUCCCGAUUCACCAAAUUUAGAUUUUUACGGAGUUAUUGAGAUGUAUUCACGACAUUUAUUAGGUUACACAACAACCCCAUUAAACAAAUACAAAGUAGUCCCAUCCGCAAUGGAACACUUCGAAACUUGCUUACGAGACCCAGUUUUUUGGCAAUUUUACAAAUGGAUCAUGAGUUUCGUUUACGAAUACAAGAGCCACCUUCCAUAUUACACCAAAAAAGAACUCGACUUUGUUGGUGUCGACGUUGAAAACAUGGAAUUUGAUCGAUUAACAACAUAUUUCGAAGAUUUCUACACCGAGUUAGGAUCCGCGGUUUAUUACGACGACUUAAAAGGUGAACCUUUUAAAGUUCGAGUUAAACAAGAACGUUUAAAUCACAAACCUUACACUUACAAGAUUACGGUUAACUCAAAAACAGAAGUUGAAGCAAUAGCUAAAGUUUUUAUCGGCCCGAAAUACGAUGAAUAUGGACGUACAAUUGAUAUUAAUGAAAACCGUAUGAAUUUCUUUAUGAUCGACAAGUUUAUGUAUCAACUUAAAGUGGGAAAAAAUGUUAUUACCCGGAAUUCGAUGGAUAAUGCUUUCUUUAUUAAUGAUAGAACUACACGCUUUGACCUCUACAAAAUGAUUAUGGGUGUUCUUAAAGGCCAAGGAGAGUUCACUUUGGAUGGUAGUGAAGCAUAUUUUGGUUUUCCAAGAAGGUUGGCUUUACCGAUGGGGAAAAAAGGCGGUAUGACUUAUCAAAUGUACGUGAUUUUGUACCCCUAUAAAAAAGUGGAGGGUGAAGUGAAGUUCUCUACUGAAAAGAUGUAUCCAAUGGUUGGAACUGGUGGUCUUAUGCUUGGGGACAACUCCUUUGGAUAUCCGUUUGAUAGGCCAAUUAAUUAUUACGCUUUCGAUGUCACAAAUGCUUUGUUCAAAGAUGUCGUUAUUUAUCACGUCAAUGAUAUGGAUGAAAUGAAUACUUCAACUCUUUAAUAACCUUUGUUUUGUACAUUUAAAACAUGUUAGAUGAUUGAUAAAUAAAUAAAAUUAGUUAAAGCAUAA